AUGAAGUUCUCCGGCCUCGCCCUCGUUGCCUUCAUCGCCUCUGCCAUCGCUGCUCCUGGCUACUCCGGAGACAACAACCGAAGCCCCGGCCACAACGUCGGCCACCCCGGCAACACUCGUCCUGGCAACAACUAUGGCAACAACCGUGGCAGCAACUAUGGCAACAACUAUGGCAACAAUCACGGAAACAACCGCGGCAACAACUAUGGCAACAACCGUGGAAACAACCGCGGCAACAACUAUGGCAACAACCGUGGCAACAACCGUGGCAACAACCACCGCGUCAGCCCGAACCGCCACCGCCGCCCCAACCCCUUCAACUGGCCGAGCCAGGGCCCUUGGGGUCGCCAGGGCUACUGCAACAAGAAUGCCGCCAUCUACUGCUUGGAUGAGAAGCAUUUGGUUGUCGACAUUGAUGUCGAUGCGAACCUGCUGGGUCUCGACAUUGACGUCGACGUCGACGUCGAUGUUGCUCUCUUCAACACGAAGAAGUGCUACCAGACCGCCUGCUGCAAGCGUGGAUGCCAGCGUGGCCGCUACCUCGACACCAACCAGUACCAGUGCAACCACUACUAA